AUCUUCAUCAUGCAUCUCUAUCUGGCAAUCACUGUGCUUGCUCUGCUCUGCGCAGGCAUCCGAGCAGAUAGUUAUCUUACCGCUACUGCACUGGUCACCAAUGCAGCCAACGAAUCAGCGCUGGAGUGUUGGCGAUUCGCGACACCCUUGAUCGAUUCGUCACAGCCUGGUAUUGCUGGUAGCUUGACGUUCAACUUCAAUGCUAGCAGUGCUUCGUACACCAUCAUUCCGCCCAGAUUUAAUGGUAGCAGACACAACAGUCCUGCCCCUCAGGAUGAAGAGUGGUUCAUUGGCGGAAACCAGGGUCUGCUUGUCGCCGCUGACACGACAGGAGAUGGUCACAUCACCAACUACCCAUCUGACCAGUACACCUCAGUCUUGACCAUGCCAUUCCCAGAUGGCAUGCUACCUGCUCACGAGAAAGUAUCUUCAGGACCUUGUCAAUUCAGUAGCAUCGGAGCAAGAUCGCUUCGAGACAAGUUGUGGCACUGA